AUGAGAGAGGCAGACGGUGGAGAAGCUCAGAGAUGUCCGGAGAAAGGAUGCCAAAGAGACCUGUUGUCGGAUUUAGAGCGCCUCCUCGGCAGCGGUGCAGGCUUGUGGGCUGCAUUAAUUCCCUGCAGUGUGUACAAAUACGGGGAAUGUGAAUAUUUCCAUCUUGUGGUGUGCGCCCCGCCUGGGUUAACGGGCACCUUCACGCUACACUCUAAAACGGCAAGAUCUUGGUCCCCACCACAUCCUCCCGCUCCGAAUCUCUCGUACCUCGUCCCCCUCUCCCUCACCUUCUCUCUCUCUUCCUCUCACCGCUCUCCCCACUCCCUCUCCACCACUCCAAAGAUUCGCCACACCACUCCAACACUCUCCUCACCGAAUCCUCUCCACUCUCCCUCUCGCUUCUCAUCGCACUCCAUAGAUCAUCCCAACACACCCUUCCCCCUCAACAACGUUCACUCACACUCGUCGAACAUCUCCACUCCAGUCAUCCCCUCCGAUCCUCUUCAGUCCCUCCCCCCUCUCCGACUGUCUCCCCACGACACCCACUCCACAAAAUCACUCAUCCUCCACUCUCUCUAUCGACAGCUCUUCCUCAGCCACAGCAUCACACUCCUCUCCAUCUCCUCUCCUGUCUCCCCUCCGCUCCACCCUCUCCCACGUGACCCCUCCUCCCUCUCAACACCUCUCACCCUACUCUCCUCUCACAAUCACUCUCUCUCCGGUCCGCCAACUCUCUACUCAUACUCUCCCUCCUCCAACUCUCCCAUCAGCCGUCCACCCCUCUUCGGUCUGCGCCUCGUUCCCCUCGCUCCCUCUCCCUCCUCUCACGCACCACCUCUUCUCCCCAACAUCUCCCCUCCUCCUCUCCCACUUCCGCCUCCCUCCCCCCUAAGUCAGUCUCCCGUCAUCCUCCAUCAGUCACCCUCCUCAUCUCCAUCUACCUCCGCCGAACGCAACCCCUCUCCUCGCUUGGCACGCCCUCUCCCCGCUCAACCACUCCCCAAUCUCUCCAUCUCACUCUCACACUUCCGCCCUCCUUCCUCUCCUCUUCUCUCAUCCACUCGCAACCUCGCCUCCAAAUCUGCCUGCUCACCCCUUCACUCUCUCCCCUCAUUCUCACACCUCUCAUUCCGUCCCCCACUCAUCGACAACUCCAACCCUCCAACUCUUCUCGCCCACUGCUCCUCACUCAUCCUCUCCUCACCCCCUCAUGAACUCUCUUCUCUCUCAUCCCCUCUCCAUCAGCUUCUUCGGUCUCCUCUAACGUCUCAUCCACGCAAUCCUCAUCCUCCCUCAAAUCCGUCUCCCUAUCCCACUCCCCUUCUCGUCCAACUCCUCUUCUCCCUCUCUCCCCUCACCUCUCCCUCUCUCCCUCCCCCCACAUCCUCUCCUCACAUCUCCCUCCCAUAUCUCAUCCAACUCACUCCCUCCCACUAUCUCCAUCACGUCGAUAGUCCCUCCUCUCUCGACGUCAACCUACUUGGUCCCUCUCCAUCAUUCCCACCCACUCUCUCCACGCUCUCCCCCCGACCUCCCUCUUCUCUCCACUUCCUCUCUCUCUCUUCCCACCUCUCAUCUCAUCUUCUCUCCCCUCUCUCAAUCUACCGAUCCUCUCAUCCCCCCUCCAACUCCAUUCUCUCCUCCCUCUCCACGGUCUCUCACUCCCUCCUCCAAGUCCCGCCUCCCGUCUCUCUCUCCUCCUCGUCGCACAUCUCUUCUGCCUCCAUUCCUCCCCGACCCGCUCCACGCGCCCACCCACUCUCGUCCCCUCCCUCUCACUCCAGCCCCCUCUCCUCUACUUCUCUCUCCGCCUCUCCUCCGCCUCCCUCUUCGCCCCUCUACCCCAUCUCCCACGAACCUCUCUCCGAUCCCUCCACUGCAUCCUCACACUCCCCGCUCAGGCCCCCUCCGUCUCCCCCCUCUCACUCGCAACAUCCCUCAACCUCUCUCAAUCCUCAUAGCCCUCCAUCUCCUCGACUCCUCUCCAUUCCCUCUCAGCACGUCUCCUCUCUGCUCUCUCUCGACAUCCUCUCUCUCUCUCUCCUCACUCUCCCUCUUCCCCUACUCCCUUCCCAAGCCCGCCUCCUCUCUCCCCUCCAAUCAACUCUCCACUUCACCUUCAACAAUCUUCUAGAUCCUCCUCUCUCCCCCUCCUCUCUCACAUCCGUCCUCCCCUUCUCCUCUCAGCUCUCCCACCUCGUCCCUCCCUCACUCAUCUCUCACGCUCCAUCCCCCCCUCCUCGUUCUCUCAACCUUACCCCUCAUCCCGACUCUCCUAACUCCCUCUCUCCUCUCCUCUCAUCUCUCCUAUUCUCUCCUCCUCAACUCGUCUCUCCAGUCACCUCCCCGCAUCCUCUCCCUACUCUCUCACCCCCGCUCUACCUCUCUCCCACUCCCCAUCUCACUCUCCGCCUCCCUCCCCUCCGAUCACCCUCUCCUCCCAUCAUCCCCUCCCUCUCUCUUCGCACUCUCAUCUCGUCCAUCAGUCCCUCCUCCUAUCACCUCGCUCUCUCUUCUCAACUCCCGACUCAUCCUCCUCGCUCUUCUCUCCCUCUCUCGUCUCCUCUCUCUCUCCGCCCUCUCCUAACUCACUCCACCUCCUCCUCCCCUCCACCUUCCCCUCCCCUCCUCCCCCUCUCUUCUCCUCUCUCUAACUCGUCCUCCUCCCCACUAACUUCUCCCUCUCCCUCUCUCUCUCACUCUCCCGGAUCUCACCUCUGCCCCGCUCCCCCCCUCUCCCUCUCUCUCUCAUCCACCCUCCACCUCUCUCUCCCUCCUCGUCUACUCUCACUCCCUCGCUCUCUCCCCUCCCAUCACUCCACUCUCCUCACUCGACUCUCCCACUGCUCUCUCCCUCCAUCUCCUCUCCUCUCAUCUCCACUCUCUCUCUCUCGAUCCCUCCCCCGCCCUCUACUCACUCUCCCUUCUCUCUCUCCCUCCAUCCUCUACUCAACCCCGGGCCUCUCGCUUACAGCAAUCUCGUCUCUGCAUCUCUCUUUCUCGUCGAACUCCCAUCGCUCUCCCUCCUUCAUCCUAUCUCUCGCGCUCUCUCACGAUUACCUCUCUCUCAUACCACCCCCCAGUCCACCCCUCGAGCUUCGCAACACGCGACUCGAUCAUCACCACCCUCGCCACUCAUCCGCACUCUCCCCUAUCUCCGGUAUCUCGUCCAUUCGAACCCGUCCUCCCUCACCAUCGCCACAGCACGCACUCGUAAACUACGAUAACUCUCCGAACCAACAACAGAAUCCCCUCCUGACAACGAAACUCCGCUACCGGAGCGACUCUACCUCUUGGACAUCGCGAAAGACUCCGGCACCUACCUCAGAUCUCGGUCACUCGGCAGCGCCGAUGUCCUCACCCCGACUGACCUCAUAUCUUCCUCCGUCCCCAGACAUCGCAGCCUCAAAACGUCCCAUCACAAAACUCUCCCACCAGCCUCUCCAUCACCUCCUCUCCCCAAUCCUCCUCCUCUUCAACCCCACCUCUCAGCCCAGCCACAAUCGCCGGGAGCAACUCUCAGCUCUCAACACUACCCCUCUCUCUCUCGCAAUCUUCUCUCCUCCAGACUCUCCUCUGAUGUCCCCUCACUCCUCUCCAACUCUCGCAUUGCUCCACCACAGUCUCAACAAAUCCCACAUCCCUCUCUCCCAUCCCAUCGAACACCCAACACCCUCGAACAUCACCAACUCUCCCCUCAGAUGCUAUCAUCCCUCCGUGCCCCCCCCCCCCCCCCUCUCGUCCGCCGCACUGCGCUCUCCUCCACCCUAUCAUCGAAUCCUCUCUCACCCUCAAUCCCGCGUCUUCAAUCCUCCUCAAAUCGGAUACAACCCCACGCGACUCUCCUCCACCAUCUCCCCUCUCAGCUCACUGGCCCUCCAACCACAUCACCAAUCCCAACCCUCGCUCACGCACGUCCUCAUAUCUCGAAACCUCAAGCGAGCAUCUCCGACUCUCACUCAGUCCAUCUCCCGCACCCGUAGAAUCAAAUCCGACGUCAUCAGCCCGACUUCAUCUCAAUUACAUCGCCCACACAGGGAGAGCAUCUUCUCGAAACAUCCCCACGCCCGCAUCCCACAUCUCCGCUAUCUACUUCCUCCCACAAAUCCUCACUCUCUCUCCCUCACGAACAUCACCACGUCAGCACCUCAUCUAAUUUACUCCGCCCCCCUCUCUCCACAAGCCGUCCCCAAAAAGGACUCGAUGCGGGCACAUCUCACACCUCCAGACUUCCCUCAGCUCCACAAUCCCUCCGCUCGCAGCUCCUUCUCUCACUCUCCAUACACCAUGCUCAUCAAAUCACCAACUCGUCAUCACACGUCCCUCGUCGGACCCUCAGAAAAAAUCCCUCAACAUCACGACUCACCGUCAAACUCCUUCUUCCGGCAUCGCAAGUCCACAAAUCCUCCUGUAACAUCUCGCCUCUCGUCAUGUCGCAACUCCAGCACUCGUCAUCUUCAAGCCCUCCAUCUCCUCCUCAUCCCAUCGGUCAUAUCCAAGGCUCUCCCACACGCCCGAACCUCAAUCGAAACGUCUCGCUCCUCCACCCUACCCCUAGAAAUCCGCAUUCGCCCCCCCCCCCUCCCCCAUCUCCUUCCCCUCUCGUCAUCCCUCGACGCAAUCCCAACUCUCCAUUCCUCCAAACUCCCUCCCUACUCCUCCCCCCCCUUGCCUCAUUUACUCUCUCAAUACCUCUCCAAGUCCGCCAGAAGAGCAAGCGCCCUGCACCUCCUUAGCACAACGGCCGUGACUCUCGAAAUAACCGGCCUCGCGGAAAGUCUACCAUCUACAAUCUACCCUGCCCGAAUCUCUCCAACCUCACCGGCCGUCCAAUCUCUCGUCCUCCCCGCUCGCCGUCCCACUCUCACUCCUCUCCCACGGAAAAAAACGUAUCCUCGUCAUGCUCUCCCACCCCCACCCCUAACUCACUCGCAUCGACUCCUCCACACCUCUCCCUCCUCCCUCUCUCAGACAUACUCCCCACCCUCCCACUCAACUCUCAACCUCCUCUACUCGGCUCAAGAGCUCCUCAUCCUCUCGCUCAUCAGUCCUCCCACUCACUCGCACCCUUCCUCACAAAGCACGCUCCAGCUCCGUCUCUCUCUCCGAAAUGCCAAUUUUCACUCCAUCCUCUUCCGCAGCUCUAACCUCUCCCCCCUCUCUUCAUAUCUGCAAAUCACGUUCACUCCCAAUUCUAUGCUCAUCAAUCCCAGGACCGCAUCGACCAAUCACUCUCCAUACGACCCCUCCCGCACUCCUCCCUCUAACUACAUAUCUCUCCGUCCGCCCGCGGCAGGUCGCACUAUAUCACCCCCACCCCCCUCUCCCCACCUCAUCCACUCCUCAGGAUUCGACAUAACCCCGUCAUACUCUUCUCGCAGAGAGCCAAGAUCUCUCAUCCAAUCUACCGAGGCUCACCCACUCUCGCCAACUCUCAGCACCACGGGGGUUCCAACCUCUCUCGUAGUCCCCAGUCUCUCCUCCACCCGCCUCCCGGGAACUCUCUCCACUCGGCCCCCAGUCCGCCCCCAAGUCCCACCAAUUCACCCUCCCGCCAAGAGUAUUCACGUCUCGUCUCUCCGCUCACCGGCCCCCCCAUCGACCAACCCUCUAAAUCGUCCCUCGUCUCAUAUUUCUCUGUCGCUCCUCUUCACAUCCAUCCCCUCCCAUCUCACACUCCGUCUCUACCGCCUCACCCCUCCCUACUCCGCUGACGCCAUCCUCCCGUCACCACUCCUCUCCGCCACUGACUCGUCUCAUCCUCUCCACCUCAUCCAUCUCCACUCCUUCCCCACCUCGCCUACGCUCCUCUCCUCUCCCGUCUCGUUCCUCUCGCCGUCUCCGAUGCCGCAGCCACUCGUACUCACGACAUCUCCGUCCCCAACCGCUCCCCUCCCACCAUCGUCCCUCACCAUCCUCCUCAUCUCCCCUCUCUCCUCUAUGCUCGGCACUCGUCUCUCUACUCACACUUACGAAAACACAGGCAGCCUCUGCAGCCGAGCACUCUCGGGCUCCGUCCUCCAUGCCAGAAAUCGCAGGCGUCCCGUCCUCUCAUCUCCCACCCACUCGACCGAACUCGCUACGUCUCGUCUCUCGUAUCUCACACUCGUCUCUCCGAGCUCAAACCUCUCAGGCCUCAACUCUCAGACUCCCAGCAUCUAUUCGCACGUCCCCACUCUCUCUUUCUCGUCAACUCUCUCUCUCAUCUCACUCCUCCCUUCGGUCCCUCCUCGACCCUACGCCUCUUCCCGUACCCUCCCCCUCCAUCAAACGAAACUCCCAUCACAAUCCUCGCCCACAUCAUCGUCACUAGUCACCCACCCUCCAUCAUCGCCCAGACGUCUCAGGAGCUCCAGCUACCCCGGAAGCCCCUCCCUCUCACCAUGCGGCAACAUCACCCGCCCUCUCAUCCCUCGGAACUCGCUCUCAGACACCAUCGGCUCACUCGGGUCCAAACUCGCAACGCUCACCAUCCACCUCACUCAGCCUCCGACCACCAAAACUCGCAGAAUCCCCAGGACCCUCACCACUCAUCCCAAGGACUCUCUCCGAUUCACCCAGCACGACCUCGACCUCUCAGAACCGUCAAACUCUCUCGCCCCUCGCUCUCCCUCUCAGGAUACAGCAGCAACUCUCCCGGUCUCCAUCUCACCUCUUCCUACUCAGCUCUCUCCUCUCAUCUCGCAACUCUCCACACAUCGACCCAUCCGCCACCGAGCUCACCUUACCCCGCAUCGCAUCAACUCGUCCUACCCCAAGAUCUCACCAUUAUUCAAAACACCUCUCUCUCCAAGCAGACUCACGUAUCCCUCUCUCCUCGAAGUCUCCAAACACGUGCAACCUCAAGACAGGCCUUCAACCUCUCCUCCGAGCUAUCGCGCAAGAUCUCCUCCAUCCAACCGUCUCAAGUACCAUCUCAUUGCCUCCCUCUCUGACAUCCCGCGUCGCAACCCUUCCUCCCACCCUCUAGUCUCUCACCCCAACUCCCGGCAGUCAUGA